AAUAAUAAACACGUGUUGACAGCUGUCAGUACACGAAUAGCGCGUAUAAACAAAUUUCAUUAAAAAGUGAAAUAAAGUAAAAGAAAUUAAAAAAAAUAAUAAAAUGCGUGAUAAUACUCCACCAAGACCUGCUGAUAUUGAAGAUGAUUUUGAGGAAGUCUAUGAUGAAAAUGAUGGACCACCACCCGAGGACGACGAUGACUUGGAAAUGGAGGAAAUAACAUUAGAGGAACUUGAGUCUCGUUUACAAACUGGUGCUUACGAUUCCGACGAAGAGGGUGAAAAUCAUAAAUCACCUGUACAGGACGAUUCCAUUCUAACAUUUCAACAACACUCAGCACCAGUAUUUGCUUGUGCUUUCAACCCACAAAAUAAUAUAUGCGCCACUGGCGGAGAAGAUGACAAAGUAUAUGUAUGGAACAGAAAUACUGGUGAAGUCAUACAAGAAAUUACCGAUCACAAAGAUACGGUAACCGAAGUACAUUUUAAUCAUGAUGGCACAUACUUGGCUACCGGAGAUAUGGCAGGCGAGAUUCUGUUGCACAAAUUGCAAGAAUCUAGUAGUAGUACUGAAAAUGAAGGAGCCGGCGUUGUUGGUGUUACAUUACGCAAAGUGUGGGAAUACUCAAUGGGCGACAUGUCCUGGAUGCGCUGGCACAAAGGUGCAAAUGUACUAAUAGCUGGCAGUGAGGAUGGUGAAAUUUAUGUGUUCCGCCUGCCGGCAGGCGAUUGUAAAAUUCUACCCGGCCAAGGGGUACGUUGUGAGUCGGGAGAAAUUACCGGUGAUGGUAAAAAGUUGUAUGCCUCGUACAACAAUGGCACCGUCAAGUUAUGGGACAUAAAAACGGCAUCGGUUGUAAUGGAAAUUGAUGAACACAAUCCAAUGGUCCAUCAAGAGGGAUCGACUACAGUGGCUUGCGAUAAGGAAUCUCCACUGUACAUGUCUGGCGAUGAAAAUGGUAAAAUUAUCUUUAGUACUCCCAAUGGUCCUGUUGGUAUGGUUGAAGCAAAUGGUGCCGUCGAAUGUUUAGCAUUUUCUCCUUCGGCCGAUUUUCGAAUGGCAGCCAGUGGUACCCUACACGGUCAAGUUGCUAUAUGGGAUCAUUCCAAAUUGUCUUUACGUGCAGAAUGUGAACACGCCGAUGAUGGUGUUACAAAAAUUCAGUGGAUUAGCGAUUUUACUAUUUUAGUAUCAACAUUGCAGGGCAAUGUUAUUGCUUAUGAUGCUCGUACUGGUCAACGAAAAUUUACCUUAAGUGGGCAUUUAGCCGAAGUCUAUACAUUUUGUUAUGAUCCCAAAGAGAGUUUAUUGCUAACAGUGUCUGAAGAUAAUUCAGCCAAAAUAUUUAAAGUUCCCGAGUUGGGUGAUUAAUAAAAGAAAAUUAUGGUAUCGAGAGAGAGACACAAUUAAAAUUGAUGUAGUCAUUGUUGCGUCGUUUAAGUUUAAGCUUUUAAGUUUUUAUUAUUCUAUUAUUCUUUUGUAUUUCAUUAGCCAACUACAUACAUGUGUAAAUAGUUAAAAAUCUAUCCUACCUCUA